AUGAUGCUUAAACGUGGCAAAAUCGCCAGCGCCAAAGCCAUUGGCAACCUCAUGUUCCACCACCACCACCAUAAAGAUCGCCAGGUCUCAUCAUCCUUCAUGCCAGCGGCCGUAGCAGCACCCCAUGAGUACGAGUUCAGCUGCAGCAACACCCCAAACUACAUCUUCCCUUUCAACCUCUCCACCAAGAAGAAAAACAGCAUUAACAACUACUACCACAACUUCUUCGCUUGCACCCACGCGCCUCCUACUCACGACGAUGACAUGGCGACCAUGAACGCCGUUCAGAUUGUCUUGGAGAUGCUUAACAACAACGACAGCAACAACAUGACAGUGGAAGCCGCUGUUGUUGCUGCUUCCCCUAUGUUACCAGGGUUCGGACAAACUCCAUUGGUGAGGCAACUUAGGAUAACGGACUCUCCUUUCCCUUUAAGGGAUCCCGAUGAAGACAAUGGCUACGUAAACAAGGCUGCUGAAGAUUUCAUAAACAGGUUUUACAAGGAUUUGAAGCAGCAAAACGAGAGAAUGGCUGAGUUAUAA